UGUACUUUUGAAUUCGCGUCCAGUUUCAAAGCAUCAUCCAAUUAGCAAGCUCAACACACAGACAAGCAGUACAGGAGGAAAACACGCACUGAUCAAGACGAAAUGGUGAGGACUCCUUGCUGUGAUAAAUCUGGAUUGAGGAAGGGCACUUGGACUCCAGAAGAAGAUAGGAAAUUAACAGCUUAUGUUACUAGAUACGGCUGCUGGAAUUGGCGUCAACUUCCCAAGUUUGCCGGCUUGUCAAGAUGCGGAAAAAGCUGCAGACUUAGGUGGAUGAAUUAUUUGAGGCCCAACCUUAAAAGAGGAAACUACACCAAAGAAGAAGAUGAACUUAUCAUUAAGCUGCAUGAAUCACUUGGGAAUAGGUGGUCAGCAAUUGCAACCCACUUGCCGGGAAGAACAGAUAAUGAGAUUAAAAAUCAUUGGCAUACUACUCUCAAUAAAAGCACAAAACAAGAAUCAAGAUCAGGUGAACCAAAACGGAGCUCCAAAAGCCGUUCCAACAGGGAGAAAAACAUCCGAAAGAGAAGAAAGGAGGAACAAGAAAAUCCUCCAGCUAAUCCUGCAACUCAGGAAAUACUGGAAAGUUCUCAAAUUUCAUCACAACUAUCACCAUCGCCAUCAUCAUCGUUAUCAUCACCCUCAAGUGAUCAUCAGCGUUCCUCGUCAAAUUCUACGACAACAACUAGUGACAUUCAUGCUCCAGACUCAUCGAAUUCCCUUGCUGGUUUCAGUGAUAUCAUCGCUGAAUUAGCUGCAGAAUCCGGUGGAACUUUUUGGACAGAACCAUUUGUGACAGACUACUGCAACAUCGCAUACUAUCCACCUUCUCCUUUUACCAGCGAAGCAUUGUUAUGCUCAUAUGAUUAUUACGAUGAUAAUGUGAACACCUUGCUAUGGUGAGCUAAAACUGAUUUUAAGUACAAUAUAGAGAGUGCUGUUUGUAAAUUAGUCAGGCCUCUUCAAGGUUCAACCAGUGUUUAACGUUUACUUCCCAGUCAAAGAAAUUGUGUGAAUGCAUGAAAAUUCUGUCUUUCAGACUUUUCAUCAAGGGUGCAAAUGCAAAUGCAAAUGCAACGCA